UCAUGGAGUGCAAACAAAAUCAAUGUUAACAUACUAAUCCUAUUCCUUUUAACAAUAAGUUCUUUUGUAAAUUUUGCGGAAUCCAUAUGCCCUAAGAUGGAAAUGUAGCUAUAAAAUCAACUAAAUUUUUAUUUCCUGGUUAUAUCAAUCCCAUAUAAAAUCUAAAAAGUCAAUGGAAUAGAUCAGUUCCUGUUGCCCAAUUACCUUCAGAUUAUUAAAGAGUAUCAGUAUUAUAAAUAACCAUAGUAACGUUUAUCCUUAAUUGAUUAUAUGAUGGAAUGGAGUGAAAAACUAGGUUUAUCAAUAAAUUCUCUCUUCUUAGCUGUUUAAUUCUUAGAUUAUUUUGUAUCAUAAAAAAAAGUAGACCCAAUACAAUAUAGAUUAUAUGGAGCCACAUGUUUAAUGCUUGCAGGUAUUUUGUCAAUCUUAAUCUAAAUAUAGCUAAAUCAAUAGAAUUAGAUGAAAGAAUCCCUUUUAUCAGUAAACUAAGAAGAUAUACUUAUUUACCAUAUGCAACUAUAGAUUUCAGAAAAUGUGAAUGUUAAAUAAUCAAAUAGUUUAACUGGAAUUUAUAAUAUACUACAUUAAUAGACUGGGCAGAGACUGUAAUGUCAUUAGGAAUUGUAUAUGAAUAAGAUGAGUUAUCUUAAACUGAAACUAUUUUGAAAGAAAAAGCAACAAAUAUAAUUUAAUUAUAAUAAAAUAAUCAACAAACUAAAUAAGACAAUAUUAAAGAAUAAUUAGAAACUACACCUAAAAAAUCUACUUUUAUAUCUAAAAAUAUUUAUAACAAAGUUUAAGAAAAAUUUACUAAACUAUGUUUGACUCUCUUAAAAGAUGGAUCAUAUCUAGAUAAAGAUCCUUCUGAACUGACUCUAUCUCUAAUAGGUUGUGUUCGUAAAAUAUGUGGUCUAAAACAUCCAUUGUAUAAUUCUUUAAUUAUUUAUAGACCUAAUUGUUUACUAGAAUUAUAUGAAAAUAUCUAACCUAAAUUCCAAGAUUCUAUUGCUGAUUUAUUAUCAAAAUAAACUAAAUAACCAACUUCUGUUAUUGGAAAGGCAUUCAUAAAUGAUCUAGACUUUUUCAGCUUAUAAAAUUACAAAAACCGAAUUCUAUGA